AGAGCAUCUAUUCUACGCAGAUGGACAGCGCAGAGGAUGGAAUUGGAAACUGGAGUACUGCUAUCUGCUUCCGAGACCAGCGAAGAAUAGGGAGAAGAGUGAAUGGCCUCUACCUCAUUUAUCUAUAGGCAAAAUCCACGACAGUCUGCAGGUUUCUACUGCCUCCAGCAAAAGAAGAAGCUAGCACUCAUAGCGGCACUACCUCUAGCACCUGAGUUUCUCACUACUCGAAGGACAAACAGUAUUAGUAAAGCAGAACAGGGGCAGGCACAAGCAGAACUAGGUCUAGGACUUCUAGUACUGCAGCUUCAUUUCAUACAAAAAAGAUGGUCAAUAACCGCAAAUUUCGUGCACUCGUCCUCGCGGGCUCGUUAGCCGAGGCCGAGCGAGUCAGUGCAAUGCAGGCUGAGGCUGAUGGAGCGGCACCGCGGCCACAGAAGCUUCGACGCUCAAAAGGCUUAGGCAAUCAGCGACCCAUCCAAUCGUCUCGGGAAGACGUCAUCGACGUGGCGAAUGCCUUCUUGGAGGUUGAGAAGCGGGUUGGACAUCAACACACGAAACGCAUCUUGGCUGAAACAGCACCGGAACCGUUCAAUGCCGAGGCCAAGGUGCUAGGAAGAUACCCUAGCAUUUAAAGAUUCCGCAUAUGGAAGAAUAGUUUUUCCCAGAUUGGAAUAGUUUGUGUAGAGACUUGCUGCUUGUUACCAUGAUUCUUCAAAGUAUUCUCCCCACUUCUAAUAAUAUAGUGUAAAGUUCUUCUACGCCUCUCACUCUCAGGCUCGCGUAGAAAGACUAUAUGGACACGACCUGACGGCCAAUCAUGUCAAAGUCAAUACAGCACUUGAAGCUACACAAACCAUUAUCGCGAAUGCGCGAGCAUAUUACAACGCCUUCGAGGUGGCACGGGACGAGUUUGAGGCGCUUUGGCAGGAAAAGCGAGAAAACGAAAAGGCAAAGCUGAAGCCGAUUCUGGAAAAAAUUUUAACGUCCGGUCGACAACAACAACAAGCAGUACUGGUGGAGGUGGACAGACUUGUGAACGAAUUUGUGGAGGGCGUAUGGAAGCAUUCCCAGGAGGUGAAAGAUCCGGACCAACCAGCGCAAGAGGAAGAUAUAGUGCAGGUCUAAGUCUGAGGAUGAUUGAUUUCCCCCAUCUCAUUUGUAUUUGUUUUUUACGUUUUCUUACUUAGUUUCCUUCAUGUGACACCUCAUAUUACACAACUGAGUAGUUUGGCUAGCCUUAGUAAUCACUUGAGCUUCAAAGUAUUCUCCCCACUAUUAAUAUUAGUGUAAAGUUCUUCUACGCCUCUCACUUUCAGGUUACUCAGCGUAUACUUGAAAAACGUCUUCAGACGAAGGAGGAGGUCAAGGUAGCGCUUGCCACUACACAAACCAAUAUUGCGCAUGCGCGGAACCUUUACGACGCCAUAGUAGGGGAGAAGUUUAGGGCGAUUGCGCAGGGAACGCAAGGCGAAGAAACUGCAACGCAGGUCUAAGGCUGAGCAUAAUUGAUAUCCUAUCUCAUUUGUUUUCAUUUUUUUACGUUUUCUUGGUUCCCUCCAUGUGGCACCUCAUUUAUUACACGACUGAGAAGUUUGGCUACCCUUGAUAAUCACUUGAGCUUCAAAAUAUUUUCCCAACUUCUAAUAUUAGCGUAAAGUUCUUCUAGUUCUACGCCUCUCACUCUCAUGCUCCCGAUAUUGCGUAUGCGGGGCGACUUUACCACGCCAUCAAGGUUGGGUGGGAAAUGAUUGAGAGCCUUUCGCAGCAAACACGGAACGAAGAAACGUUAAAACUGAAGGAGGCGCUGAGUGACGAGACUAUAACGCCCGACGAACUAUCAGCUGGGGAUGUAGACAGCAUGGCGGUCGAAUUUGUGGAUCGCGUAUGGAACAAGCAGUCCCAGGACCGGCAAAAGCCGGCCCAACCAGCGCAAGAUUUAGUGCAGGUCUAAGGCUGAGGAUGUUGAUUGGUUUUCCCCAUCUCAUUUGUAUUUGUUUUUUUACGUUUUCUUACUUAGUUUCCUCCAUGUGACACCUCAUAUUACACAACUGAGUAGUUUGGCUAGCCUUAAUAAUCACUUGUGCCUUGUUAAGACUUAAGAGCUGCGGUUGGCAAUUUUGAAUUUAGCUGAUGACUUCUCCUGAGCUACGUGCGGCGACGUCUGAGAGAUACUAGAUUAAGGAAUCUCGCCCACGCCCAUACUUUUGAAGAGCCUACGAAAUGGCUCCUCAAACCAAGAAAUGAAAAUGUUUUGGGCUCUAACAUGAUAUGAUGCAGAAUCACCUGGAGCUCGACGGAUGGGCGUUUCUAACCAACGAUCAGAAAGCAGCUUUAUCCAAUUUUUACAAAAAGGGAGGCGAAGACGAGCUACACAAAUGCGGCUUGCUGGAGCCUUCGAUGACCGUAAUUAUAUGCUUUAUGUCAUAAAAUCGAAUCUGACUGGUGCUGGAGGAUGCUAUCAUCAAUCUUUAUCUUUCUGAAGGUAUUAGUAAUGAUAUUGGUUUCAUACUUUCACUCAGAAGAGAAAUUGAAAUUGGUUUUCUGUGUAGACCUGAUAUUCGACUCUUUUCUUAAUAGGCGGCCGAUACUAGUUCGCAACUGCUGGACCUGGAUCAUCAGUUUGCUCGCAAUUGGAGGGCCGCUGUGGAGGAUGCGAUCAAAUUCAACAUGUUGAGACCGAAGAUCUGCAAUCAAGACGCUGACACAGAGGGCGAAAAAUUGUACACCGCUAUGUGCGAGCUCCCUCGUUUACGAAUUAACCCGUUUGCUGCUUCCUGUGCCGGUUUGAAAAGCACGCGUGGCAUUUUUCAGUACAGUCGUCACAAGGUAAUAGAAGAGCGCGACACUCUUAUGAAUGGACAAAUUACCAAAGUGGACAGCAGUCGAAAUCGACAGAGUCGACAGAUCCCAGCGAUUCCGUCGAAGACCGUCCGACUUUAUCGGAGGAGUUUCAGCUUCUUUCUACUUAAAAUUAGAGGGCUUCCAAGUUGAGGCCCUUCCUUAAUCGAAACGAAAACGCGGAGGAUCCGGCCGCAGCCUGCAGGUAAAGACUUGAUAACUUCGACGCAGUAGCAAUUUCCCUCAGGCACAACGGUAACCCCCGCCGGGUAGAGUUGCGACUUAGUUUGGAGCUAGCGCCUCCCUUGGUCUGGACUUUGAUCUUUACCGUGGCCUUUUCUCUGUGCGCCAGGAUGUUUUCCCUCUCGUGAUCUUGGUAGGCUUUUUCUCUCUCGCAGAUCCUUCCGUCCUUCGUGCCCUUGGUUUUUUCUCUCUCGCAGGUCCUCCUUUCCUUUCUUCUCAAACGAGCCACCACUAGACAGGGAGCCAAUUUGUACAGUUGUGGCUUUCUUAAACGGAAGCCGCAGCUUGAACCUUUCGCCUUUUCUCGUGUCUCUUCCAUACUUCCACAUGCUGUCAUCCGCGCGCCUCACUUCGCUUUUUCUGACGCGAAACGCUGUCCGUGACUUUUCGCAGGAGACGGCUCAACGCACUCUAUCUCGUAGAGCACUAGCGCGCAAGCCUUUCACCGAGCCAGCACUUGCAAGCGCGGCGCAUGAAAGGCCGAGACGAUAAGCGGAAGGACAAGGUCGCAAGGCUGUUCGUGUCGUGGCGCUGCAGAAGUUUCUACGUUAUGCCCGAAGUAGCUCCCUGCGAUUGUUCAGCCUCAGCCAUGACGCAGAUGAUACCACUCCCACAAAACCUCGCGCGUGCUGCUUCCUCCCUGCUCGUGCAGCGAGUGCACCCACGACAUGCAGCGUCAGGAAGACCAACCGCCCAGCCACUCCCUUGGGUCUAGCCGUUACAACUGCAAGGCAUUCAACGCAAGAAGUUUCGCAUCUUGUGGCUGGCAUCUCGCUCCACCUUACGCGCGUCCCCCAGGGUCUUCAUCUCCUAAGUGCUUCUGGUUCCGAGCCUAGUUGGGUAGUGAAUUGGCUUAAUCAAUUUGAGUUGCUCAGCCAGUGCGAGGGAAGAUGUAGGCCCAGACAUAGCGAGCACCAGAAAGCAAAGGGCGCCGCGGAGGUCCAUGACUGGGCAGAGAUGAAGUCGAGCAUAAUCAAUAACGCAGCAAGUAAGAGCGUCUACGCCACCAGCUAGAUAAUCACGACGAUGAAAAGGAUGAGCAAACACACACAGUAGACUCACUGCUGGCGCUGGUGCGCGUCUUUUAUAGCUUAGGGCCAGUCUCUCGCUCAUGCUCAGGCUCGUGCUCAGUUUUUUUUUUGUCUUGCUAGCUACGGCUGUUGUGUUGUGAAGUAUUCUAAAGCGCAAGACCUUUGGCUUUGCAGCAUGCUGCAACUCUGGCGACCGUUACAGAUAGAGAUAAAGGAAGCGCAGCGGAGUGCCGGCUUCUCUCAUAGAGAGGCUUGAAGAAGAGAGGCAGCGCCCAGAGCUCCGGGUCUUCUGCUACUUCCCGACAAGGCCGCGCGCCGUUUCUUCGUCCCUAUUGCCUGACUGGUAUCCCCGCAGUCUUUGGCCCCAUGUGUUGACUAAGCAAGGCCUUGCAGAUUUAUGCGGAGGCGUUCGCGCUGGCGUUGGAUUGGUAUUGAUGUAGGUGGCUGCUCGUGCGUUUGUCUUCCUUACCAGCGUCACCGCCUUACUUUCUACACCUACACGCACGCGCCUACCACUACCACUGCCCUACCCCUACGCGCUGCACAUGCGCCAGCAGUGCUACUAGUAAUCCCUUUGGAGUGCGAUACGAUUGCCGCCACGAUGCCGCCACUACUCCGGCCAUAGAUUGCGACUCCCCUUACGCUAAAAGCUUCUACUGGCUUCGGCGGGAGGAUGCUACUCCAGAGCCGGGGCUUCUCCAAUUUGAAUCAAUGACAACAAGCAAGGGGCACGAGCUGCAAUGGACUGCGAGAAACUUCGGACGUCACGUGGGUCCAUAUCUAAAGCGAGGACCAAUUCGAACGAAGGCCGCCUAAAAGACAUGGCGCCAGCAUUGGGAGACGAAGUAUCGGGCACAGCUAUGCUGGAGGUGGCAGUCUUGCGCAUUCUCGAAAGAGAUGGACGCCCGCGCUAUAUUUAUGAGAGCACUACUCCACUAGUGCCGAGCCGUGCCCGCCAUCUCUGAGGAUCGGAUGCGUCGAGAACGAGCUCGGGCCAGUGUUGUUGUGAUUGUUAAGCCCGGCGAUUAUAUUUCAAGGAAGACAAGCGCGCGAAGCUGUGCAUCUAGGUGCAAGAACGCGACGCGACUCCUGUGGCUUAGCAAACAAAGUCAAGACUUGGAUCGCGCUCCUCGGCCUUCGUAGGUCGACUCAUCCGAGAGAGACGCUCGCAACGUCUCGAGCUGGAUCGUAUCUCUAUCGCCCAAAGUCUCGAGCAUGGGCACGAGUGUGAGGCUCGAAAUUACAGAAGCAGGCGACGUGAGAGAGUGGCGGCCUACGAAUGUUAUGGCCCGGCGUUUUUAUUUCUUCACCAGUUUCGAAGUAGCUCAAGGCUUGCCUGCGAUUUGGGUCAAGAUCUGCGCUCGCUCUACUAGAGGACUGACCAUACUCUUACUCGGUGUCUCCACUUCGUCUGUGGGCGCUAUAGAUAAAGACGCUGGCGCUGGUUCUAACUCACUUCUUAUCUUUCAGUAUCGGGCUGAAUCUCAUCCAGCGAUCACGGAAAUAGGUGGCGACUUCCUUUGCAUCUCUUGAGAAUGAUCCUACACCUUCAUCGCUGGGCGUCUCAAGCAGUUACGGCGACUGGGUGAGACCCUUAUAACGUCAGGGCUGCUUCGCUUUCUGUCUCAUCUAGCGCCCAGGUUCGUAAUGGGAAAUAGUCGAGCCUUCUACGGUGAGCGCCAUAGAGGAGAGCGGGCAUUAAGGUGCGCCGUGUUUGUGUCCGAGUUCCGAGCCUGACGACAAGACUGACCAUAUUACGAACCGACCUGAUUUCGGGCGAUACUGAUUGAGAUGCCCAGCCACAUCACUCGGAAAGGCUUCCACGUAGGAAGAAUCUUCGAAGUCAUGACUGAAAGACUUCAAGAGCAACGCGCUAGCUUCUAGCCACCGUGCUAGUAUCUAGCUACCAGACUGACUGCACCGCGUCGCGCGUGCUGAGCUGUCUCACGCAAUUACUCUAGUUGAGUCCAAUGCGACACGACGUGGACACUGAAACGCCAAGGGUGGGCAGCUCUCGGCCUAUCCUCCAACGCUAACGGCUGCAGGUGCACGCGCACAGGUUAGAAGCAUGCCCGGCGCUGAGAUCAUGCCGCUGCCCUGUGGUCUUGGGCGUGGUGCUGCGAUGUCAAGAACACUCGGGAGUGGCGUCGUCUAGUCUGAGACGGACUGGCCGUUGCGGCGUCUCAGUGAAAGGGGAGGCUUUCGCGUGGGCGAGGACGACCACCACGACGACGACGUGGCCAGCAACUACUAUACUUCCGCACAGCACAACCAAAGCCACAAGAAGACGCGUCGAGGGUUGCAGCUGGCAGGCGACUCAGUGAUCACAUGCCGCGCCUCGCAGCUCUUUGCACCAGCUGGCAGCUGCUGACCUCCAAAAGCCGCGCUAGCUCAUGAGCGACAAGCUGCGGCAGCAACUGCAACGGCGACGAUUCUUAUGAAUUUCUGCGCCAAUUGCAACUGACAACUGCACUGCGCAGCUGCAGCCCGCUGGUCAGUUCGGGCCCCUUUAUUUGUUGAAGUGUGUGCUUCUACUUUAGUAGUCUCCUCAGGCGUCGGCGUCGAAGCUACGUCCUCGCUGCGCCGUCAGUUAUGUCAGGCCUUAAAUCUUUGGGAUUUCCUUUGCGGUCAUACUAUGCAGCAGCUUGCCUCGUCUUUUUCCUUUUUUCUUUGUGUUCAAUUUCAGUCACAGCUUCUUCGUCGGGUCUUACUUUUAUUUGCUUCUGGUACAGCUUGGGCUCCAGCGUGAGCGUUUUUCUUCCAGAAUAAUUGAAGUUACAAAAUAGAGCGGCUCUGUUUAGUUUGUUCUUUCGAGGUCGAGGCGAGUGCGAAAAUGACAAGGGACAUACCAGGAGAAAAGGUUCGCGGUGUCUCCUUCUUGUGUGUAUGUCUCUCGCCCUCCUCUAGUCUUCUUUAUGAUUGAGAAACUUCGGCCCAAUGCCUGACAAGCGAAUUUUUGGCGCGACAGCUGUUACUACGAAGAGCGUCGCCGCGGCUAGCGAGUAUCGUCGGCCGCUGCGAGCACCAUCCGCCAGGCCUGGGAUUUCACAGCAAGCCGGCGGCCUCAGUUCGCGACAACCCCACACCAGCCCCAGGGACAGACCCAUAGAGCCACACACCCUCACGCCUAUGCUCGGCGUGUUGCCUGGCUCUUGGUGCGACUGACGCUGGCAGACCGGUUCCACGGGUCCCCCCACCUGGUGGCCACCAGCAUGACCCACCCACAGAGGGCGCGCGUGUGUUGUACAGGUGUGACAGUGACCCUGACAAGCCACCGCCGGCGAAAGCCGUCGCAGCCCGGUGUGGCGCAUGACAAGCCACCUGACCACGACCAUGACGGUGGGCCCGAGCUGCCACCUGGAUUUGGCUUGACCAGUCGGCUCGCUGUCUCACCACAUGCCCACCCGCGGCGCCAUGGCUUGAGGACUGCGUGACCCCUACACACAGGCCCCGCGCGCGUCAGCAUUGCCCACGUGGUGACUCUGGGGCGACUUCCACAAAGUGGCCCCAGGUGCUGGGGGAGCCGCCCGCGUCCACCUUAUCGACUGUGGUGCUUUCUUGUUUUCUGCCAUUCGUCCCGCCUUCACUGGGCAGGUGAGGGCCAGGGGUUUAGCAGCGCAGACACCCCCGGCGAGGGAUCUCGCCAAAACUUCCUCUGUCAUGGCUUGGGGCGAAGUUUCUGAGUCAUAUUCUUCAAGCUGACAGAGAUUCUCUUGCCACCUAGAAAGACGCGCAGGACAGACAGCCAAACAAAGUCAGCGCGCUCUCUCUCUCUCUAAUAGAAGACGGCAGUCCUCUACGUCGACGACUGUCGGGGGAUGCGGCGCGCCGAUACUCACGAGCUGAAUUCAAGGCCGACCAAUGCGGCGACCGAGCGAGUUGCGACCGCGUAGCGAUGUCCACGCCUUGAAGUUUCUGACUAUCAUUAUUUGCCUCUAGCAUCAGGGGCGCGCGCAGUUCUCUCUGCUAAUGCUGUUGCCCUGCUUCUCGUCUCAAGAAGUAGACGACUGCCACACUGAAAAGAAACGCGCAGCCUGCUAUCUGCUAUGACUGCAGACGCAGAAGACACGACUGCACUCAGGUGCACCCCUCAGGAAGCGAGUGCAAGUAGAUAGCUGCUCUGCCUCUUGCGUCUUGCUUCGAUCACCGAUCGCAGCGUGCGCAGUCUGUGCUUCUUCGUCGUCUUUAGUGCUAAGCUUCUUGCGUCUUAUGAUGCGUCCCCUACUUCAACUCCUUUCGGGAAUAGCAUAAGCAAAAGCAUCCUUAGCAAAUUCUAAAAAUGCAGCCUCCUCGGCCCAUCCGGAGACCCAAUCGCGCAGCCGGGCGACGCAAUCAGCGGAGACCAAUGGGGAGAGAUAUCCCCCGCAGAUCGUUCCUGCAGCAUGAAAGCGGAAGCAUCCCCUGAAAGUUUAAAAGUUUUGCCCCCCAUGGAGAUCCGACGUCGAUGAAAGAGGGCCAAGAUUGGCGAGGGAGGGGAUAGCUAGAAGACCAAGACUCCGGAGGACAGUGCUUGCCUGCAUCUACUUCGCUAGGAUCUGCCUAAAGGUUUAGACUCUAUUCCAGAAAUUUAUGCGACACAGGCAAGCCUGCGAGCUCUUCACGCUACAACAUUAGACAAGAACGGCGCACCCAACUAGCUUAAGCAUGGAAGUAGACUCAUUCUAGGAGCGACCAAUCAAAUGCAGCACCUGCGGCCCUGCCUCCUCUUCUAAGCUCGCACGCAAAGCCAACGCGGUAAAGCAGUAGCACUCCUAUCAUCAGUCGGCGGCAAAAACAGCGCCAGGCGCUUCUGAAGCCCCACGCCAUGGCUGAAGCGCUGGGGUUUCCGUUUAAACCACAACUAUGUACGCGAGUUAGCUCCUUGUCUAGUGGUGGUUCGUUUGAGAAGAAAGGAGAGAAGGAUCCGCGAGAGAGAAGAAACCAAGACCACGAAGGCAAGAAGGACCCGCGAGAGAGAAAGAACCAAGAUCACGAGAGGAGAGGCGUUCAUCUUGGCGCACAGAGAAAAGGCCUCGGUAAGCUAAAGAUCAGGGCCCAGAUCAAGGAGGGCGCUAGUUCUAAACUAAAUCGCAACUCUACCCGAGAGGAGUUACCACUGUGCUUAGGGGAAAUUAUUGCUACUGCGUCGAAAUUAUUUGCGGUGGUGAUCAUGGCUCUACCUGCAGGCUGCGGCCGGAUCUUCCGCGUUUUCAUUUCGAUUAAGGAAGGGCUUCAACUUGGAAGCCAUCUAGUUCUAAUUUUAAGUAGAAAGCGGCUGGCGCUCCUCCGAUAAAGUCGGACGGCCAGCCUUCGACAGAAUCGCUGGGGUCUGUCGACUCUGUCGAUUUCGACUGCUGUCUACUUUGGUAAUUUGUCCACUCAUAGAGCGCGUGUCUCUGAACAAGUUCGGUUUCUGUUGGUCUGCGCAGAUGAACGGAGAAGGCUUGUCACCGUUAAGGACGAUGGACGAAGCUCCUUGAAGGUCUUGAAUUGCAAGAGGCUGAGGGGUCUGAGAUCAGUGGCUCAAGUGGUUCGAGGGGAGCCUGUAGACCCGUGGGGGCGGCUACUUGGGUCCCUGUGCGUGUUUGUGCGGGUUCUUUGGUAAACUUUUUCGAUCUGCCGGGCUGCGUCUGCCCUAGGACUAGAGCCCAACACGCUGACAGCCUGGCCCCUGGCGUCAAUCUGCGCGAGGCCCUGCCUUCUUCAUCUUAGUUUCUUACUUUCGCUUCCCUCUGCCUUCGCAGGGGCGUCAAAAUCGAAGGACAGCGAGGUGACUGCUUUGCAAAUGACUUAGUCCGGCUGCUUCAUGAGGAUCCGCCCGGGCUGGCUGUUUUGUGGUGUAUUGUCUCAGAGGGACGCCCAGCGGACAUAGCUAGGGACGGCGCUGCCCUAGCGAGGUCUGCUGCGGGGUUGCCCCCGUUGUUGUCUUUUGUUGUUGUUGUUGUUCUUUUUUCUCAACUCAAACCCUCCGUAUGUGUCAGAGCGAUUUGGAGGGUAUGAGAGAGGAGGCGGAGACAUCGCAGGAAAAAGCUUUAUCAUUCGCGCCGUUUUGAUUUUUUCAGAUUGGGGCAACAAAUUCCAAGCAUUGGCGGGACGCUGUGCGCGUGGGCAUAACAAGAAUGGAGGGGCGCCAGCAUUCGCCGCUUCUUCUUGGCGCGUCUGUGGGUGGGCUGCGCUUCCCGUGGAUGACUCGGAGAAGAGAACAAAGCAGGUGGUGCUGCGCUCUCCGGGAGGCGCUUCCAGCAAAGGCAGACGCGCAUGCGUGUGGCUUGUUCCCUUGUCCCCUCGUGAAUCUGGGGCCCGAGCGCCAGGGGAUGACCCGCAGCCCUGCUGCCUGCGGCCGCUGGCUCCGCCACCUCUGGCGCCCCACCUUCUCCAACCUCUAGCGACUCGGCGCCCCCUUCCUGCUGUGGCCGCUCUGGUCCUCUAGCCGGGCCGGAGGUGGUCCGCCGCCCCCCUCCACCGACCCCGCCACACACUCGCCAAAAAAACGAGAACGAGCAAGCAGAAAAGGCGCCCACCUGUCACCCGCUUGCCCUUCGAGGUUCUGAAGGUUUAGCGCGUGCCCUCGGGCUUCGGCGAAGCAAGAGCGUCCGGCGCCAGAAGCGUCGUCGCCUGUCUUUUGGGCACUCGAAGGCCUGUCUACUGAAGAUAGUUCUGACUCUGAGGAAGGCGCAUCUCUACCACGCACAGGUCUAUGCUGUUGGAGCAUGAAUUCCGUCAGCAACCUGCACAGGCUUGCUCCACUGUUGAAGGAAUUUCGCCCACAGCUCGUCGCAGUACAGGAAUUAGAGAGAAGAUACUGGCACGCUGAGGGCGCAGUAGUCGGGCUCGGAGACUACAACAGCAGCGAAGCAGUCUAUGUUGUCGACAGUUGUACGGAUUCGCAACCAUACCUCGGGCCGCAUAAUUCAGGUGGGGUCGCCAUCUUGCGACUGGUGGCGCAUGACGCAGGCGCGCCGCAUCCCCAAUGGUGCGGGAAGUUCUGCGUCGCGAGCUCUAGGCCAGUGCUCUGCUGUUUACAGCGCAGAACUCACAAGGGAUCCCGGAACCACGCGACACAGGAGAGAUCAUGGCGCACUUGGCGUGCGCGCUCUACGACAGGUUACUCGUCGUCUCUGUUUACCUCGAUCACACGCGACCCGAGAGCGGUACUGACAUGCAGCAUCUUGAGGGGCAAGCUGUAGAGAUAGACGACGCGGCCACCCGAGUCCUCCGCGACAACAGCGCUUGCCUGCUCGUGUGCGGUGACUUCAACGCGCAAACGACGAGAAGUGGGCGCGUAAGCGUCAAGGCGAAGAAUGUCACCAAGAACGUCAAGGAAGUGCUAUAUGGCUGGAUCUUUAGGCAUGCUAGAGGCAAGGCCCCCCUACCUGGCGGCGCGUGCUUUCGCGCGACCCCGCCAACGGAGACCGACGCCGUGCGCGCCGGCUUGUCGCGGUCGGCGAGCGACGUGACCUUGUGGAAUCUGGAGGCCGGUCGCCCACAAGAAAUUGCCGACCCCAGUUUGGGCCCGAGCGACCGCGCAGCGAUCUUAGUGCGUCUGCUAUUCGACUUCGGCCCAGAUGGAGGCACGCGGCUAGGUGGUCCACGGCUUAGUUACGCCGCAGCAGUGCGCAAAUGUAUGAUCAAGCUGCGAGGAAGUGCACGCGUAGCCGAAAGAUCGCCACAAGCUACGACGACUUCCGAUGCCCAUCUUGGGACGAUGCAAGACAAGCGGGCGCGCGUCUAUGCACCACCAAAGCGAAGACGGCAGGACACACGUACACCAUGAGAAUGCUGCGCGGGCAAAAGUUCGACAGGACCAACCUCGCCAGGAGGUAUCGCACAUGGCUGAUAACGAACGAGGAGACGCCCAAAACCCCGCUCCCCAGUGGCCGUUGUCGGUGGCCGCGUGAUUUGGUGUCCUUGGAGCGGUCGUCGUCGUACUUCUUGGUCGAGUCCGGUAUGGUCGAAGGAGAGCCGUGUGGCAGUAGUAUCCCUGCCGCACAGCAGUCGCGUCACGGACGCGCCCGAUGGUUACCCGCAGGAGGACGAUGCUGAGGCGCCAAAAGACAUGCCGUCCGAGCAAGUCCGUGCUUUGUUGCGGCACCACGCGCCGAAGUAGCCCUCUGGAGCCACACCUAAGAAAGGUGCUCUAUAUAAAGUGAUAGACUCCAAAACGAAGGCCCUACAUGGACCAAGACGCGGCGAGCCGGCGGACAAAUUGGCUGCGUUAUUGUGCGGGCGCGAAGUGGCCACCACUGCAGCGCAAGCCGCGACGCUUGCCCCGCUAGAGCACCUCAUGAAAGCGCGGAGAUUUCACGAAAGCACAGUAGGGAUCGACGACAAGCCGGAUGCGCGCUUCGGCUUCUGGCUGGCGGUGGCGGAGCUUGAGCGCUGCACGCCUGAGAACCACAGCUAUAGGCUUAGUAUGCAGCAGCUCAGAGAACAUUUCGCGCAGGCCAGCAAAGAGCUCAAAUCCCCUAACGGUAUGCGCAGCAUUGUCCUUAUGGCAAUGCUGGUGGACGAUUUUCUUGCGCAGUUACUGCUCACUUGCUUGAGCGCACAAGCAGACAUACUGGCCGGAGCCGACCCGAGCGAGGCGCUCAAUCAGUUCCCACCGCGUGCAAGACUGCGGGUCUGUAUGUUUCUGCAGAAAAAUGCAGGGAAAGCCGCGGCUUCAUCGUUGAGGCUCAUUGUCACGGAGGAUAUCUUAUUCAGGAUGCUGGCCAGCAUGGCGGUCGCUGAGAUUAUGACGCUCUUGCACGCCAGUCAUUAUCUCGGGGAGGAAACUGCUGGGGGACGGCAGUGCGUUGGGCUCGACAUCGCGGGGCAGCGUUGGGAUAUUCAGGCGAGAGGCAGUCUGCGCGACCUCGAAGCACUUAACCUACCGCCGGCAGAACGAAGGCCGCAGUUACUGUCUGUCGUGGACGCAGCUAACAUGCUCAGCACCCUUCUGGAAGGUGUCACUCAUGGUAGAGGCUCUCAGGUUGGCGAGGUGCAGCCCGGUGCGUGCCCGGCUAUUUUGGAGUUAUGUCCGCAACAAAACGAUAGUAAGUGAAAGUAGAGACGUAGCUUCGAUUUUCUCCAUGCGCAGAGACGUCGCAAUCCAUCGGGACGCCGGGCGCGAUGGCGUGCGCGAUUAUCAUCGUGCAGCCGUUCGUGGCGGCUAUCGGCAGAGCCAUCAGGAGCAGACGUAAAGGCGUGAAGCCGCCGCCUGGGUAUGCCUCAAUGAUCGAGGCGGAUGCGGAGUUGGCCCGCGCGCGAGCGCUGCUCACACAGUGGCUACCGCUCUGCCCCCCAGUUGACGUGGAUCCGAGGCACGCCUGUAAUGCCGGCAAAGGUAUACGCGGACGGCACGGCACGGCGCGGCAGAGGGCCCACGAGAUCGCUGCUGGGUCUAGCGUUGAUGACCUUAUCGGUGGAGUCACUCACUGCACGGCCAUGCGUAGACGACACCUCAGUGAUGAUCGACGCCACAGAGGAACAGACACGCAACCGAUGCCCAGCAUUAGUCGAGCAGCUUCGAGAGAUGGCGACUGGCUUUGGGAUGCUGCUCCUCGAUAACAGGUUGUUUCUCGCGCCGCGCAAGCUCUGGAUGGCGGUACUUUCGGAGCACCACACCAAGAAGGAGCGAGAAAAUCUUGGGAGCAAAGUGGCUGAUGUAGUGCGAAUCUUGGACGUGAAGCCGGAAGUCAAGACGUCGGGCAAGCUACUCGGCUACGCAUUGUCCUCGCCGAUCCUAGAGACACUUGGAGGGGAGCUCGGGCGACGCCUCUCAUGCGCGGUUUAUCUGGCGCGAUCUGUCGCGCGAUCGAUGGGGCACAAGAUCAGCGGCCCCAUGCUUAUUCAACUUGCGAGGUUUGCUGUUUGCGAACCGGUGACGCAUCUGCUGCCGGCUGCGUUGCAACGUCUCACGCCAGAGCGAUUCGACAAUCUCGAGAGAAAGCGCGCAGAAAGUUUCCUUCCACUGGUUGGGAUUUCUGACGAAGCUGCAAGUAUGCCCAUCGAGCAUUUUCAGUUCAGUAGUGCCGCCGCAGUCUUCUUCUCACCAAUUACAGGGGCCAACGGCUUCAGCUCGGCUGCGCGUAGACUCGUGGGCAACUCUGCGCGCAAGGGGUGGGGUUUGCUGCGACAGGCGAUCCGGCGCCGGCAGAUGUAGUUACGGGAGUGAUUAAUGGCAAUGAAGCACAGGACUUCCUAGUCCUUGGCGCGGUGGUCUCUCCGUAUUGCUCCGCCAUGGUUUGCCAGAGAGGCGCCUCAUAGACUCAGAAGAAGCAGCACUAGCCCCCCGCUGCAAGCUGCCCCAGCUGAGCAGCCGGACUACGUUGCCGCGCCUCGCGACGUCGCUACCUGUAUUGUUGAAGUGGCGACGGCUGGUGCGUACGCAUAUUGGAACGGCACGCCACACGCGGCGCGACAUCAGUUUAAGGCCCCGAAGGGAUACUGCGGCAGCGUCAGCCGUACGGUCCAGCACACAACCGCCAUGGCAGUCGCCAACGCCAUCGAGGACCUGCUCGCACAAGUCGACUGCUCCUCGUACGCAUGCUGCCUGAAGGGGGCGCUGGUCCUGGUAUACGGCUGGAGAGGAGGCCCGAUCUACGGCACCAUGGCGCAUGGACGCUUUUGGCGGAUCAAGCACUCAACUGAGGCCCGGGGCGCAGAGAUGAGGCUGCGCCAGGCGCGGUUGGCGCAAGACCUGCGGCGCGACGUAUGGAAGCCGGCCGUGACGUGUAAGGUGGAGCAGAUCGAUGUGUAUGAUGUUCAGCUGCUGGCACGUAGCAAAGCAGACGAGGAGAAGUGGCACCCUCCGAGAGCUGUCCCAGUGCGACUCUCGGAGCUGAAAAAAGGGAAAAAUUUAACCGAAAUUGCAGAGGCUGUGGAGCAGAUUUUGCGCUUCAAGGUUACUGCUGUGCAGGCGGGUACUGCGCAAGCAUGACUAAGGCCUGGGGCACUAUAUCGGUAGCCCCGAGGCAUACGCUCAGAAACCGCACAACAACAGUGAUCAUUGGCAUCGUGGACCAGUUUGCGCCGAUCAUUCGGCUGGUGCGUCACUUAAGGGCAUAGUCGAGAAUUAAGGCCCGUGCUGAGCUUAGGCGCAGCCGCCAAUGUUAAGGCCCGCGCUCGACCCAGCAGGCGAAGCGAAUUCUGUGGCGACGGCAAACACAUAGAGGCUCGCGGCGCGGCAUCAUUAAGCGUUCGGCAAUGUCACGGGUGGCAGAGACCUCCACAAAGGGCCACAGGGGGUCAGUAGGUGUAGAUAAUCUGCGGGGUUGCGUGUAGGGUGAGCGUGCUUAUCUGCAGACUGUGCAUCAUAGUUGAAGGCGCGGAACAUGUAGGCCAACGCGGGCGCAAUCUGAUCAAGAUUGCUGGAGGGGUAUGUAUGUUGGCAAGCUUCAGCAUAUAACAUGCUUGCGUCGUGUCUUGUAAGUAUAUCGUCGCCAUGUAGUGAGCGCGAUGACGUGGACGGACCCACGUAGCAGCGCUAGUCUUGCUGAUCGUUGGACUGUGGUGCCCCGUUCAUAGCGGUGAACUCAAUCAAGUUGGUCGUGGGCUAUGCGGUCGCGUGAAUAAUGUGAAGGCCCACGCUGCACAGUCUCGAAGCGCAAGCCCCACAAGUUCCGCGACAGUCAUCGCGUCGACUGUUGAGAUAAGACCUCACGCCAUGCACAAUAAUAAUAGUAAGUCGCAGAUGCCGGAUCGUAUCAAGUGCAUCCUCUUCAAGGAGAUCCCUUGUGAGUCGAGUUGUUCAUCUCCAAGUAGUCUGGCAUUCGGUAGCGGAUGGCGUUUGGUAAUGGGAUUUAAAGGCCUUGAAGAUAGAGCAUCAGCUUCCAAGGCUGUCCUCUAUUGCGCCACAGGAAGGAUAGCGCUGGGGUCUAUGCUAUUCGUCUCUUCCUCCUAACUUGUUGCAACGUGAUACAGAGCCUACUGCUGAUCAUACUCGGCAUGCGGUUCGAGUAGUAGCCGCCGUAACUUUGUGCGAGUAGUUGACUCAUCGAGUGUGAUUCCUCCCGCGGAAAGAUGGCGCGCCUGCGCUCCGCGCUGCACUUUGAUACAGCCGCGCGCUUGCUAGUUUGGGAGCGGCCCCAUCAACAAUUCAACCGUGCCGCCAAGACAUGGCCGCCGCGACCGCGGCGUGGCACGCGAGCAAGCUGCCACCUUAGCGAUCACCCCGCUUCGCGACAUCUUUUCUGGUGGGUCAGUUCGUUCGAUAAGCGAGCCUCUCUCGACUAUCUGCCGGCUGCAUGGCUGCAGAGCGAUCCCGGUGCGGGUAUGGAACGGCGGGACCGAAGUCAGAUGGAGGCUUGAGCCUGCAGGCACUCCUGGCGGUGCCGCGGUCCGCGCGAUCAUCUUGUACCUGGAGACCGGACGCGUACAGAUUCAAGCCGACCAUGGAGAGCACUUGUCUCGUGUGAUGGAGCAGCUCUGCCGUCACGUCACCAGCUGCCCGGUGAGCGAGAGAAGAUGACUGGGCAUGACGCGCUGUUUCGUGCUGUUACUGACUGGGAGAGAGCUGCCGAAGACGUCGAAGUGGAGUUUCACGAUGCGACACCGCUUCCCGCGAUGGUGGGCGUCGCGCAGAGUCAUACGGUGUCAGGACAGACGCUGUAGCCUAUCUGGGACAGUGCGGCAGCUCGUUCGGGGUGUCUGGAUGUUCCUCCAGGCCACGAGUGCGUAGUCAUUGGCGACGGAGACGACGCUAAAUGGGUGAGCGAGCCGUUGCCAGCUCCGGCCGUUGGGAUGGACCUACUUGGUGCUCGAUUCGGUGCGCUCAGUGCUAGUUGUUCGCCAUCCGCUCUGGCGCCAGGGAAUGCCCUGUACCCCGUGCACCCGGUCACGCAGUUUCAGUCCAUGCCGGCAGCAGGCACGUUUGCGCGUGGGCAAGUCGCACACCCCUACCAUCUGCUGCAGGGUGUUACGCAGGACCCCCAGGCUUCGUCUGGAGCAGUCGAGUCACCGGCGCAACGCAAAUUGCGUCACAGCGUUGACCAAGACCAGCGUGGCAUCGGUCAUGACAGGGGCAAGAAAUUGCGCAAAAACAGUAAGUCUCGACGUGACUCCCGGCGUCGCUCAAGAGACCGUCGCGGCAACAGCGGCCGGCGUUCCAAGCAUACAGGCGAAGAGGAACAUGGCGCGCCUCAGUCUGCGGCAUGUAAUAAUAAUCAUGGCCGGCAUGUACGGCAGCGCAGUCGACGGGGGCUGUGCGUGCCCCGUCGUUUAGAAGCGAAGGUGAUGCGCAGCAGGUGCGCGAACGUCGACACCGUGGCGAUGGCGACAUCAUCUGGCCCGAUUCGGGCGAAGAUAUCCAAGCGCGGAUGGGCCGCGAGGCUGUGCGUCAGUCGCGCCGUUCGUGAAAGGCGGGCGCGACGUCACAGUCUGUCUUUCCGCCGCCGGCACCACUGCAGUCUGCGACGGACCGUGACGGGCUCGGCACUGCGCACAUGAUAAGCAGUUCCAAUACCUCGCCCACGCGCGGCGACCAUGUUCAGCGUGAUGGUAGUGCCAAGCUCGUCCGGGAAAGGAACCGACACGAAUCGCAUGAACGUCGUCGGCGCCGAUCCCAGGACUCCAGGCAUAAUGCAGAGCGAUCCGACUCGGGUGGCCGGUGACGACCUAUCUCGGGGUGGGUAGGCUCCAGAGCAGGAAGAGUUGCCGCCGAUGGGUUGCGAAAGUUGAGACUAAUAGAAGAUAGGGGCUACUUCCAGAGUCGUACCGAAAGCGGGGCUAUAUAUGAUGCAUGGCCAUAGAGUAGGAAGGCCGGAGUGUUGUGAGUGCUCGGUGUAAGUUCAUUGAAUCGCAGUUGCCUGAUUCUCAGAGCCUUAGUCGCGCGGUCGUUGUAGUUAGUUUGUGAAUCAUUAGAACGCGCAUGCGUCUCGCGUGUCUCACUGGCGAGCCCCGCGUGAGUUUUCCGUGCAGUGAGUAGCGCGCUAGAGGGUGGCGCUGGCGUGUGAGUCAAAUGCCAUGCUGCCUUCCUCAGUAAAUUGCACGAGGCGAGUGGAGUUUCUGCGCGUCAGGUUGCUUUGAAAGUUUGGUUUGUGUAGGAUCGCCGUCAGUAGUAUCUCGUUGAUCCUUGCGCCCUCCAUCAAUCCAGCGCUUGUGGAAGUCUGUUUUUUUUUCGUUUAGAGUAAAGCUGUUGGGGCAUUUGGCACGAACGUUCCUUGCUUUGUAUUCGUCGCGUGUUACUAAGUCGCUUCAGGAUAAGACUGCUCUAUAGUUAGUAGCCCACUGCUUUUCGUAUUGCUAUAGUUCGUUAGUGAUGACUUGUGGCCAGCAAGUUCAAACUAUGGGCAAAUGCUGCACCGCUGUCACCGCCGCGCGGCUGGUGGUGGUUCUCGCGAGAGCGCAGAUCACGACGUCUGCAGAGCUGACGAAGCUGCUACAGCGAGGAAAAUGCGCCGGAUUGGCGAGCGUCAUGGUGCUCAGUCAGUACGAUGCGGCGCAAUACAUCGUGAAGGAUGAGGCGACUCGUGACCGUGCCAGUAGUGACGAUCAGGCAGCGACAGCUGGCAUUGCCAAGGCUGUCAAAGUCAUGGGUAAUCUUGACGACGCGGCGCGCGAAGCCUUAGGGGGUAGGUUAACUGUGGCCGACAAGUGUAGGGAGAUUGACGAUGCUCGUCGUGAUGUCAGCGAGGAGCUAGAAAAGUUAGACAGCAUCGCCCUGCGGUAUGCGUGGAGGGUGCAUAAAAGAGAGACGCACGAAAGUGAGGAUGAAAAAAAAAAAAAAAAGAAAUAGAGUGGAGGCAGUAAUAUAAGUGCUCGGCCUCGGGUGAUUCAAUGAUCGCCAGACCCUGGCGAGAGUAUGCUGCUGCAAGAUUAGGCACCCACUGCCCAACAAAAGAGACAAAGAACGAAAGACAAAAAGAAAAACGGGGCCUGCCACUGUUGAAAACAGAGGCGAAAACAAUCAAAAAAAAAAUGUAAAAAAAAUGUAUACGCUGCUAGACCUCGAGAAAAAAAGCAACGAAAAAGAACUGCGGCAGGCUCGUGAGCGCUGGGGUGCCUUGAGCAUGAGCAGCUUUGGUCCUGUCGGACAUGCAAUAUUUGCACGCGGAGAGCAAAGGCAGGCGCGACAUAGCUUACGUGCCUGUCUGUUGUGCUCAUGGUGCUGGCUCAGAGCGAAGCUCGUGCAAAUUCGCUCAUUGAUGGCCUGGUCUAAUAAGUGGAUACCUGUUCCAGAACAUGUAGCACGUAUAUCGUAUCGACUAUCGAAGGCCCCGCCUAUCUCUGAGCCAGGACUUAGAUAUCGGCCUACAUUCCAGGCUUCCUGGGGCUGAGUAGUGGGCGAGGGUGUAGCUUGGUACUAGGACAGGAGUGGCUUCGCGCUCAGCAAGUUACAUGCUUGUCGGAGUCAUAGUUCGUUGGUUGCGUCUGUAGUAGCGCAUGGGAAGCCGUAGCUAGUGCAUAGCGUUUGUUUGCUUGUGUUAGCCUAGCCGUUACGUCUGCGGUUGUUGGAGACCACCGCGUCGAUGCGAAACAUGGCCGCGAGAUCUUCGCGAAAAGUUGCCCGGGUUGGUCUUCGUUGCCUCUGUCUUUUUGAGUAUGGAAAAGGAGGCGGCGCGGCCUCGGGUGCUUUGUCUUUGUGUUGUGUUCCUCUGUUGUUGACAGCCCCGGCGCCAGUUGAGUGCGGACCGCCCGCACGUCAUUGGCGUCGGCGCUGCUUGGAAUACAGCCGCGGCACGCCUGUGCAAGCUCCUCGAGGUGUAGAGAACCCGGGCGGAGGACGGGGGAAACGCAGGCGGGGAAGCAGUGGCAAAGCGGGGCGGCGUUGGCCAUCUUUCUGCGCUUGGGCGCCUGGGUUGGCGCUUCGUUUUUUUCUCUAUAUGAAAAAAAAAAAUCUUCGCGACAAGUUUGCGAAAUCUUUCAAAAGAAUCUUUGCGGAAUCUUUCCGAAAAGAUAAGCGCAUGAAGUUCCAACAUUGUCAAAACUUGUAAACUUUCCGCAAACAUUCCGCGAAGAUUUUGAAGCUUUCGCCUUCCAUGUUUUUUUGAUGAAGACAUGGAAAUGAGUCGCCGGGAACAAACUCGCAACAGCUUGCAACGAAACCGCAUGGGGCUCCGCGCUUGUUGUCUGUGGUUUUUGUGGUUUCUCUGUUCUUCUCUCCAGGCUUGGUAGGCCUCUGGCGUUGUGCAUUCGUUUGAGAAUUUGGCGCGAGGCUACGCCGCGGACUGGUUCGCCGGCUUGUGAUGCUCUCGGCGCAGUGGUUGGCUUGUCUGUGUGUGGGUUGUGUCGGUCUCGUUUUCGGAGCUCCUCUUGGCUUCGUUUUAAUCUAAUGAGACAAGGACAAGGGCCGCGCGAGUGAGCCUCGGCAACUUUUCGCCAAGAUUUUCCGCCGCCGGUGAUUGUCGGGCGUGGUGGUCUCCAACGGUUGUAGCAGUUUUCCAUCGCCUCGCCCGCUGUCGCUACCUAGUCUAAUCGCGCGCUUUGUGACUGAGUUGGAAUAGCUAGCACGUACGUGCUUAGAUAACAGAGUUUGGCAUGCAUGUGAUGACUUUCAUAGAGGAUGUUAAGUUUUCACUUAAGUGCCGAAGGCUGUAAAAAUUACCAACGGGGACGAGUCGUUGUUGUCAGAGGGCUUCAGCGGUCUAGGGUGUAGGGGCGCGAGAAGUGCGAACUGUUGUGCUGAGGGACCUCCAACAAAUGAGCUUGAGCUACCAGAGAAUGCGGCAGCGCUUAAGGCCAUGCGGGAAACAUAUGAAAAAUAAAAGGAGAAAAAAUAAAAUAGAAGAGCGUUGGCGGCAGGGGCUUGGCGUGGUGUCGAACCCAGCCGGGCGCUGAUGGCUUGUUUCUGGAGCUGGGUGAUCUGUGAAGGUCGAAGGAGCAUUAUAAUUCAAAGUGAUCCCCUGCUUACGGAUCUACUACAGUAGCAUGGUCAAGUAAUGCCAAUGCCCCACGUUCGUGCUAGGUUUAGGGUCAAUGAUAAUUCAAGCACGGCCAGGCUUCCGCGGCGUGUUGUGAGGUCGCUUGGCGGCGACCGGUUCUUGUUGAUGAAUAGGCUAUGAACAUUGAGUGCGACACUUCAGAACUGGCCCCACAGUCUAGCCACAGGGUGAGAGUGUUGCUUUGUUUGCCUUUUAUCAGUUGCGUGAAGUCUAAGGCUGGGGAAGUACUACUUACUACGCUCGUGCCCCAGCCGUAGUUUCUAGUAGCAAGCGUAGCACUCGUGAUGUCCUCGCUGAAGUGAAUAGACAGCACGACUCUGGGGGACUUUGCGCUUGUGUAGCGUAGGGGCCGAAUGUGCGUUGAGUAGAGUGCGCUCGUGCUCGUGCUUAGCCCUGAACGCACGACCUAUUUGUGGUGCGAUCAGUCGACCUGGAUCGCGCAGUAUCUGUAACUUCUCGACGCCGAUGGUGCGCCUGGGUGAAGAUGCCCAAACUGUUCCACAGGCCCAAGCGCAGUCAGCAUGCUGCUGUAGAUGCGCUGCGUUGUUUCGGGAAGGAUUCUUCUGCUGUGGUCGCUGAUGACGUGACCCUGUCGGAUAAGUACACCACGCCGCGUAGAGCUGCAGACCACGACUCCAAGCGGAGCCCGCCUGCGCCUGUUCCGCGGCGAUCUCCGUUGCGUGUCCCAUGGUGGCGGCGCUCGCCAAAGGGCAUGUGGCUUCGUGUGUGGCGGUAUGUGAUGGCUGUCGAGCAGUCCAAGAUUGUCGAUGAUGGUGGUUCUGGCGUGCUGGCGGCGUGUAGUCAAGAGUUGGCUGGCUGCUUCACCAGCGCAAUUCAGGCCGAUGAUGGGCCUACGGCGUCACCCAGGGCACUUGUCUUCGAUGAUGACCCUGCUGGCAGUCGCGGAUCGCGUGUGAUUCCCGGCGGGUCCGGGUUGCACGCUCCGCAAUCGUUGAAGACAUACGGGAUCUCGAUGAAGGUGCAUCAACAGUUCCGCAAGGAGGCGCGCGAUUUGGGACAUAUUACGGCACACGGUUGGGCGAUGUGGAAGGCUUCCGGUUUGAGUAGUGCCAUGGCGUUAGAAAUGUUCCGUGCUGGUGGCGGGCGAUGGUUCAUGCUGAAAGAAGCUGGCCUGACGGAUUUGACGUGGGGGCAAUGGCAUGCCCGGCAUCGAUCGCGCGUCGUCCCAGUCUGCUGCGAUGAAGACCGCAGGAGCAAGGCGGUGGCAUCGAAAGAGGAGAAGUUACUGGGGAGAGCUGCUACUAUGGUGCCUGGCAUAUUGCUCAUCGACGGCGCCGAAAAGGCUGAGGCGCUGGAGGCGUACGCCAGCAGGUUCGAAGUCAACAGUAUGCAGAAGGCGAUCUCGGCGGAUGCUGCAGCCUGGGGCUUGGCUGUAGUCAAGCGCAAAGACCAGAAGAAGAAGAGAAAGAAAACGGAGAACAAAACUAGUAGCAAGGACCAUGCCACUUGUGGAAAAGGAGGCUAGUGGCGCGCGCAAGUUGUUCCCUUAAGCCGCGCAAUCUCAUGCGUGAUCAUGUCCCCUCUGGCAUAGCCACCACAAUCAGCGUCGCCGUCUUUAAAAAUCCUUCUGCUGGAUGCUCGUCGGUGCAUCCAUCUUAAGGCCUUUCGUCACGUGCUGUGUUAAGUGGCAACGUCGAUGGUGGUCGCGGAGCGGUCUGCUGACGGUGGCCUUGUCGAGUUGAGUUGUAGUCUCGCCUUCGUGUAGUCGCACUUUCGUCGAAAAUCAAAGAAAAGAAGUAAGGCUGUUGCUACGUCUGUCCACGAGAGGUGUGGGAGGAUCCAUGUGGACGUCGGUCAUAUGGCUACGACUUCACUCAGGUCAUCAGCCUCGGCGUUUGCUGACUUUACGCAAGUCGCCCAUCAUCCUCUGAGGCGAGCAGGUGCCGGCGGGGCUCGUUGUGUAGGGUCCAUAACCUAACCUAACCUAUUGAAUUCAAUUAAAUUGGUAAGCUGGCUAAUCAAUUUGUUAAUUGAUUAGCGCGGGCGGCUUUUGAUGGGAUACAUUUUGGAAUCAGGUGGGGGAUCAGGUGGGAAACCGGGCGGGGGUGGGUUUUUCGGCUAGUCUUUAAGUAGAAAGCGCUUUUCAGGCGGGAACCAGUUCGCUACUUAUUGCACGCACUACCGACGUGCCUUCUCUAUGUGUGUGCCAUUCGUUAGCUAUAGGGGCUUAGUCUGGAGCCAAUUGCUUGAAGUAAUUUCGAGAGAUCGUAGAUGCUUGACGUUGACUUCCUACCUCAUUCCUUACCAACCUCAUUUCCCACCCCAUUUCUCACCUCAUUCCCCACCCCAUUCCCCACCCCAUUCCCCACCCCAUUCCCCACCCCAUUCCCCACCCCAUUCCUUGCCCCAUUUCCCACCUCAUUUCCCACCUCACUUCCCACCUCACUUCCCACCUCACUUCCCACCUCACUCCCCGCCCCAUUUCCCUCCUCAGUCAUUACAUGACUGUAGUGGCCAUCCUCCUGCCAUGUUCGCACUUGCCUCGUUUUUCCCCUUGUUUCCCCUCUCGUAGAAAUUAACUGCCCGCCUCAGAUGCCUCAGCUCCUAGGCCCCUCCUUCUUGGCGCCGGGGUCGUGCCUAGUGCCGGUCGGUGGCCGCCGGUCCCGGCACCUGGACAGGACUCGCUCUGGGAUCCCGGUGCGUAGGCUUCGGCGGCCGCCGGGUCCGGGACCUCGGCGAGGGAGUCCCUCUAGGUACCGGCGACCGCCGGGUCCCGGACCUGUGCACUGUAGGCAACUGGCUGCGGCAGUCUCUAUCGAUCACGUCGCAACCAAGCAAGCAAGACUGACUCCUGCUGCGCCUGCGGGUAGCGUGCGCUACUUAUAGUCGUGCGUGGUCAGUCAAUGCAGGGCACGCGCGUAAUAUCUCGGCGCAGUGAGUCAGUGAGUUAGUCAGCCAGCCAGUCAGUCGAUUAGUAAGCGUAGACCACCCAGUCAGCCAGCCAGUCACUCAGUCAAUUGCGGGCGUGUGUCUCUAGCAAAGUGCGCUACUUUUUUGCGUAGUAUGGCUGUAUAUGUAACCGCUUCGGACUCUGUUGGGAGGAUGAAUGCCUCAGGGUUGCUUCUACUUUUUUAUAGGGAGCAAAGUAAGUAGAUGCCCAAAGUCCUUGGCUUAGUUCGUGUAGGCUUGGAUAAGGAUUAAGGAAUAGCAGGGACUACGGGGUAGCGGGACCCACCUCCUAGGGAGGGAAGCGCCAAAACGGUAGCAGUUGAGCAGUGCGCGGCACUAGAUCGAUCGCUCUGCAGGUCAGGCGAGCAAUCUAGGCAAAUUCAUUCGAUGCAGGAAGUUCGUGGAAGGCUUGGCCAAGUGGGCUGUCUUGGGAUAGAAUUGGUCGCGCCUUGAAACUUGAGGGGGAACCCUUUAGGAGUAGGGAAGGAAGGAUCUAGGCCGGGUGGAUAAGGUUGGGAGACUUUAGACAGCCCUCUUUUGGUCUGUUAGACGCGAAAAGGCUCGAGCUGCUGGCAUCUGUGAGGGUGCCAGGCGGGCCUUCCUUGCGGUAUUUUUUUUUAUGAUUGCCGGUCUGGUCUUCCUUUUCCUUAUAUGUCGCCGCCUGUGUUUCUGUUUUUUCUUUCUCUUUCCCGCCUCUUUUUUACUUCGGUUUCUUGCCGCCUGUCUUAUGUACUUUGAACUACUUACGUGCUUAGGCCUCUUUCUAAGUGAAAUUUCUCUUAUUAUGUUACUACUUACCGCCGACCUUCCCAGUGCGGUGACUUCGUCCCGGAUUUAGAAAAGCCCCCCCCUCUUUAUUUGUAACCCCUGUUGAUGUCCAUUUGGCUUUUUACUAGUGCCUUUGCGUUGGGCUUAGCAGCAGACCUCUGGAGGGAUUUAAAACAGGCGAAGAACUCAGGCUCCACUGCGUUAAAGAAUAGAGGGAAGCUUAAAUAAAGCAGAGGGUAGACUUGAGGACGAUGGGCAAGAGUAUGGGGGUGAACACUGGCCCCUUACAGGGUGCGAGUGAACUGGAGGCGGCUGGUAAAUUGCUCCCGCCCUUUCAAGUUGGGGGAAGCGGAUGACUGCGUGACCGCUGGCGAGGAGUGCCAUAGUCACACUGUUUAUUCGCUUCUUAGACGUAUGCGCGCUCAGUCUGAGGCUCAGUCUAGUAAACGUAAGAAGCUGACGCAACAAAUAUCAGAAGACAUCCCUGGCAUCUCUGUCAAGAUCGCUAGUAGUAUUGAAAUAGUUGAAAGCCAUAGAGUCAGGCACUCUUGCUCUUUGGUCGAGCAUUUACCCAGAGCGCAGAUCGCUAAAAAGUGCGAGCCUAAGUCCCUCGUGGAUCUUGCCCCUUCAGUAUGUAACAACCACAAGAAAGGAGAAGAGGCCUUACUUGAGGGGAGUUCUAUGAAGGACUGGCUGGGGGACUGGGUAGUCAUCCAAAAACAUUAAUGGCGCAAGGACUGAACCAAAACAAGCCAGGGAAGGACUAGAACCAUUUGGGCUUAAGUGGGCCCAACCUCGUAGGUUGGCCCGAGCUUCCUCAUGGCUCAGCGCCUUUGUGCUAGUAUACAGGAUGGCGGUCCUCUCACCAGGAUUCUCUGUUUUUUGUAUUUUUUUCUCGAGUUUUGGGGCGGUGUAUGAUGUUUUUUGCGUGUUUUUUUGACACAGGAUCUGUACGACUGUAAGCUGCCAGCUGCAAAGGGCUUGAGUGGGGUUGUUUAGAGUUGGAAGGUGUCUAGGGUGUGGCGGUAAGUCCCGGAAGCCUAUGUGGGACAUAUUGUCCCCCCGCGAUAAGUCGCACACUUCGGAGAGUGUAAGUCUGCAGUGCCUAUGUGUUCCCCUCUCCCUCGUUCGCUGCCUCCGUUUCCUUCGUUCUUGCCCUCAUGGUGGAAGAGAUGGCCACUGUAGGCCCGGCAGUAUUCAGAGUGCAGCGUCUAACCCGACCUGGAAUGGAUAGCGAGGCUUUUUCUGAUUCUCUUAGGUUACUGCAACAAACUGAAGUGCGUACUUGGAUAAAAUAAGGCGUAUGCAAUUAAGUCAGACACUUGCUGGCGCCAGAGGAGCGAGAAAGCUUCAUCUUGGAGUUUCUGAGUUUUUUCUUUUGUAUGUGCUGAGAUAUAGUUGGUGGCGGUAUCUCGAGUAUGUCCCUCGGACCAUGUUUCUCUCCCCUCGGUCCUCCGGGUAGCUGCUUCUAUCGGUCCGUCACGCCUGCCCUUGCCUUUUCCGCCUUACCUACCUCCCUCCGUCGUGAGUGUUUCUGUUCCUUUUGUUCUUGGCCGUGACUCUCGUGCCGAGAUGUUUCAGUGAGCAUGCGCCCGCGUAUGUCUCUCCUCAUGCCUGGCACCUCUGUCAUCGAGCACCGAGCUUCGCAGCAUCUUCCUGCUCUCGGACUACAUGGGCCGUAGGUCUUUUUUACGUCUUGUUUUGUUCUGGUUCUGUUGUUUUGGUGUGUUCGUUCGUCGUGGCCUCUGGCCGUCUUAUUUUUUCAAUCAAAGCACCGGGUUAGGAAAGGGCUGCUGGGAUUGAGUUCAUAUUUUUGCAAGCUUCGUCUGGAUCGAAUGGUAGUAGUAGCUGCGCCUGCGGAUAAUUGUCUUUGUGUAAAGCUUGCUGAGAAUGCUAAAUGGGUAGAGUUGGCCCCCUGCCUAAACUGGAUCGCUCGGGCGACGCCGUUUGAGGUGUUGAGUGAUCGCUCGCCCUAUGGGCUAGCGUUUGGCUGUAAACCGCGGCACGCGUUUGCGAAUAAGUUUCGUGAGGAGAUUCUGCCACAGUCGAACUUGGCUUGGAAUGAGAGCGCUAAGCUUCGCCAAGUUCUGAGAGGGCAUUCGCCUGAGGCGCCUCCGAUUGCUGGCCAUCUGGUGGUAGUAAGAAACACGCACGCGUGAGAAGACAGCUUUGACCCCAAGAACUUCCCAGCAUUAUUGAGGGUGGAGUCCGUGGCUGAGGCCGCGCCGUGCAAUGCUGUUGCAUCUGUUGGGCGAAGCAGCGACUGGGGCAGCCAGUGGAGCGGCCCCCCUAAAACUGCUAACCCGUGCUGUGCCAGCUUCAAGCGCGCGCGAUUUUUUGCAAAAUCUUGACCAUCUCCCUUCGACGGAUGAGGUGUUAGGUAGAGCAGGGGAGGCGCUCACGCGGAAGGUCGAGGAGCGCGCUGAGUAGUGUUGUCCUCUGGCGUGAGUGUAGAGCCAGUCCUUUGGGAGUUAUGGGGAGUCUGAUGAUAAAAGUCUAAUAUUGCGUAAGGCCAGCAGAAUGAUCCUGCUGCGGUCACGCGGUCGGUGGGCUUGGGAUGGUUUGUUCCGUGGGAUCGUUGGGACAGACUGAGAAUGCGCGAAAAUUGUUCGUGUUUGAAGCUAAUGAAUAGCAAAGAGAAAACUGGAUCUAUGUUGCGAAGCAUCGCGCUUAUGCGGUGGACUGGAGUCCGAACGGAUUCAAGAAGAAGGCGAGGAGAGGCUGACUUUCAGCACGUUGCUGCUAGCCUGGUGCUGAGGUCUACCCUAGCACAGUGCUAGAGGGAUCUCGGACGCUGUGGAAGGGAAUUCUGAGCAGGAAAGUGGAUUAGUCAAGUAGCUUCUUGGGAUAGGUUCUGACUAGAUAGGGGCUCGCCUGUCUCGAAGCAGCAGAGGAGGCGUCGGCCUGGGGGCGUCUGUCUGUAUAUGUAACCGCUUCGGACUCUGUUGAAACAAGGACGAAUGCGCGAGGGUUGUUGCUACUUUGUUAGAGGGAGCAAAGUAGGUAGCUGCUCAGAGUCUUUGGCUUAGUUCGUGUCGGCUUGGAUAAGAAUUAAGCAGAGGACUACUGGGUAGCGAGACCUCCUAGGGAGGGAAGCCCCAAAACAGUAGCAGUUGUACAGUGCGUGGCACUAGAUCAAUCGCUCUGCAGGUCAGACGAGCAAUCUAGGCAAAGUUAUUCGAUGCAGAAAGUUCGUGGAAGGCUUGGCCAAGUGGGCCGCCUUAGGAUAGAAUUGGUCGCGUCUUCAAACUUGAGGGGGAACCCUUUAGGAGUAGGGAGGGAAGGGUCUAGGCUGGGUGGAUUAGGUUGAUAGACCUUAGAAAGCCCUUUGCUGGUCUGUUAGACGAGAAAAGGCGCGGGCUGCUGGUAUUUGCGAGGGUGCCAGGCGUACUUCCUGGAGACGGGAAGGGGCUAGGACUCAGUUGGCUUUUGGGCGCCAUUGCUUUGAGGGUGAUGGGGAUACAAUUACCACCAGGCGGAGCUCUUAAGAGGAUGGCUCCGACGCCUCACUGCGUAGGGGGGCAGUGUAGGACCUGGCCCGGGUGUAAACAGGUCGGCCUUCCGUGGAGAAGUUUGCCAGCGAUUCCAAGGAACUAGCGUCAAUGACUAAAAGACUUAGACGGCUGCUGCCUGGGCCUUCAUGGUUGGGCGGCUGUCAUUGUUAGACUAGAGAACUUGGAAAGUCAGCGCGAUACGUUCCAGCCUCAGGGCGGCGCUGUGGUCCGCAUUUAGGUGCUGCCAUAGUUACCAAACUGCGGCGCGGGCGGGGCCUCCUAGCGAGGUCGAUUGGGGAGCAUUCUUCCUCGGGCUUUGUUUCGUAAAUGGGGAACGUGCUCAAAGGUGAAAACCAAUAGCGCGCCCAUGCGUGCAUAAGAUGCGCGCAAGUAUCUAAUUGUGUGCUAUUCAUGCAUGGCCAUUAGGAGUGCUAUCAAUGUCAUACAUGUGGAGCGCGGUCCCUCUUAAUCAAGCGCCGCCAUCCGCUUCGCCGUUAUUUGCCUGGUUGUGCUCCUGCCAUGCGUGCGCUUGCUUAUGCAGAUUCAGCGCUUAGCGAUUGACCCUGCCAGCGUUCGGCCUCUGUCUCUUUCAGUGUUUACAUAACGAAGUAACUAGCGCGGGGUCUAGGACUGUCUUCAUCAGUGAGCUUGGCUCUUUUCACUCAGCCACGCACCGCCUUGGCUCUGCCUCCAUUAGGGCUGUGCGCAAUCUAUCGCGAAGGCGUUAAGACUAGGCCAGUGCUUUGCUAUACGCAUAGGCAAAGCAGCUUACUAACUUGGUUACUCUUUAGCUACUGGCUGCGUAGAUCUGACAAGCUGAAGGACCGACGCCCAAGAGUAAGAGUUGUGAGGCAGUUUAUUUUUUACUAUAGAAGCUAGCAAGGAGGCCAGCCUUUGGCACUGGCUGCGUGUCAGUCACGUGAAAGAAUGCGUCCCGCCAUGCAUCAUCUGGCGGGCGCAUGGACGGGAGUACCCAGCUGCCAGCGGGGCUACCACUGGCAAAAUUUGCGGAAGGCUGGGCCUGUUCAGAUGGGUACCCGUAUGAAUUGAAAACGCAGAACUUGGGCGAUAGAUAGCUAGAACUGAGCCCGCUAAGCUAGGCAGCCGCGUGCCAUUUUCGUUCUUAGCUAAGGCGCUGAGCUAAAGGCUGAAGGGCGGCAGGUGACUGGUAGACCGACUCGCGUGCUCGAUAUUAUUUAAGUGCUUCGAUAUAAGACCACGCGCGACGAGUUUGCUGGUGCACAAGGAGAAGAACACACAAGAAGGGCCGCGCGGCGUAGGCGCUUGGCCAUGAAUUUCUUGAAUGUACCAGGAAGCAAGUGGCAGAGCAUCGGCGUGAGUAGAUCAAUCCAUCGCGAACAGAGACCGACGCACGACGGACGCUGGCAACGGGUCAAACGCUCAGGCAAUCGCAUCGAUGUGGCUGACUUUGAUUCGUGUGAAGUAAUAGAUUGGGCGUGUGAAAACAUAAAAGAGAAACUGCACAAGGUGCCGCGGCGGAAGCAAGAAGCCCGCGCCACUUGCUUGGAGCUGAUAGCGCAGCAGAGUGAAUGGAUGCCCGCUCGCUCUCAGAUGAGCCACUUCGCGGAGGUGAAGUCGGAAAAUGGGGGGUCUUCUCGUCUAGACGAGUUACCCAGGUCCCCUAACUAUCUGGAACGCGAAGCCCAGCCCCCGGGUGGCAGCGCUUUGUGUCCGACAGAGUCAACCACUGAGACUAUUAGCAGACUACUGCUUGGUAAGAUUUACGCUGGAGGGGGUUCUGGAAUGCGGCGGCGAGGGUGCCACAUGGCACCAGGGUAGGGGAAAAGGGAGCAAGGCGUUGGGCAGCGUGUGAGCAUCGUGGCAGGGAGGGCCUCCAAGGGCCGCGGAGGGAGGCGGCAAGCGCGUAGUCCGUGCCGUGGAUUUCUCUCAUUUUGAGUCUCUCCCUCGGGGGGGGGGGUGUUAGCUUGGCGGAGGUGCUCUCGCGCUUCGUUGCUUGGAAGAGGCGCCUGGGCUUGAGGCGUGCUGCGAUUUUUAGCAACAAACCCGGCGGGGGACUCCAUUGAGGGACAUAGCUCCGUCGGGCGUUGGUGCUUCAGGUAAUGGGUGUGAAGAUGGGGGAGCGACCUGGCCGGCUAGGCUCACAAGCUUAUCCGCCUGGGCUGGGCGUUCCUUCUGCGUGUCUGAAAGAUAAACGUGACAGCAGGGGGCGGGCUUUGUGUAUUUUGAAUGGCUAAGACUGGGGCGUUGGGCCGUGUAAUUCCCGACGCCCGCCGCGGCGCGCUGUCCAUGGGUGGAGCUUGUCGAAGGCAAAAGCUGGGCCACAGUAUCGCCCUACCGCGGAGUGAAGUUGUGGCGGAUGGAGGUUUUUAGAGGGUCUGCCGAUGGAAAGCGGUGGGCUCUGGUCUGCGAUCUGUGUCGGCUGUUUCGGUUGGCCUUGGUUUCUGAUGAUGUGCGCGGCCUUCGGUGUUUGUGCAGAUUGAUGAGUCGAAAGCGCUCCAAAAUUGCUGGCUCUUACUCUUUGCAGUCGAAGUCGAUGCGGCUUUGUGGUGAGCUUUUUUCGAUGUCUCUCGGCUGGCGUGGUCUGUCUGGUCCUUUGUCCUUUUGAAGCUCCCAGAAGUCUCCUACUUUCUCGCGCGGGUGGAUCCUCAUGGGCUGCUCUUUGUUUCUCUUUUCGUUUCUGAAUAAUUUCGGAAAGAACGGCAAGGGGGCAAGGCUUACUGCUUUCCUCUUUCUCUUUUUUACAGCGGGCCAGAUGGCUCAGGCGCAUGCAAGAUUCGCCACCUCUUUCGACAGGGCUCCAAAGCGCCUUCGGGCUACUUUGCAUUGGCGGCGAGAUCUGAAGAAAAGGACAGCUUGGAUCACUUCAAAGAGCUCCAGUUCUUUCCUGUCUCGUCAUUGUGUUCGCCUUCUCUUGUAGUAGUAUUGUAAUUGCUGACCUGGGAAGCUUCAGCAAUCUUGUCUCGACUCGCCGUGGUUCGGGCUUCUUGGCACGACGAUGGGCCUGCGAUCUUCAGGCGCCGCGACCGUUUCGGGGAAUUUCUUGAUGGUCACAGACUCCUGUUCGACAGAGACAACGUGGAUGCAAUUCUUUUAGACGCACUUGGGCGGACUCUGGCGGCUGAUCAAUCGUACUACUUUGCUUCCCGCCGUUCUCCAUAAGACUGAUUUUGUCUACUAAAGCGUAUGGCGAUAGAAUUUAUGAAGUUCGUGGUGCAUCUACAUACUGCAUGAUCCUCCUGUCCCUCGAUACGACAUUUCUACAACGUGACUCUGAGGUUGAAAGCAGAGGCUGCUGCAGCGAUGGUGCAACGCGCGCUCUCUACGCUUCGCGCUUCGGUGAAUUUUUGCGGGCUUCUUUCUGGUUUCGUGCCUCCAGAUUUUAACGGCAGCCCAUCAAGCGAAGAGGACGACAAGAGGCGGGUCUUGCAAAAGCUAUGGACCGACUACGACGGAGGGGAACAUUUUCAAACGGACGCGGCAGUCGAGGAAUGGAGGACCCGACGGGCGAAAAUCAAUAAAGAUAGCCCCUAGAUGAGUCCGGCUGCACUGCUAACUUCCUUCCUUCUAUUUGUUGACCGCUAUCUCUUUUUCCAUGCAGUAGGUUUUACUAGUUUUGCUCCCAUAAGGAUGCCCAAGCAUUGGAAGCAUUUAGGUUUCUCGGUGGGGUGUACGAGGUCGAGGCCAACUAACCUCAUCUAUGAAGCAGAAUGGAGUCGCGACAUUUAUAGGCCUCCUGCAGAGAAAAGACAUGAUACAUCAGAGGCAAGUAGUGCGAAGGCGUGAGUAGUAUUAGAUAACUGAUCGAGUGCGCCCCUAUUCAAUGAAAAACUUCAAAUUAUAUACAGCCAAUAUUUUCCUUUUCGUGUGCAACUUCUCAGUUUUUCAGGUUGGUACUUGUUUCGUUUCAACACUCGUCACUUUGAAUCUGUUACACCGCGUCAGAAUUCUUUUUCAGAAAGCGACGAGAUUUAGACUUAGAAUGCUCAAGAUGAUGAGUAGUAUGAUCUGUAGCGUUAUCGACAAAUCUAAAGAAUCUAAAUCCCCAUUUGUUCGGUGCGACAACGUGAGAAAUUUUUUUCGAACAAACCGCCGAGACCCAGUUCGGUCAUGGUGCGCAGGCUGUUGCGUCUCGCCUAGAUUUUUUAACUUAGGGGCCUCAAUUAUGACGGCCGGGGGGAUAACGUGAUGAAUUUUUUUACGAACAAACCACCGAGACCCAGUUCGGCCACCAUGGUCAAGCUGCUGCGUUUCGCCUAGAUUUUUUUAACUUAGUUGCCUCAAUUAUGAUGGCCGAAGAGGCGCCGUGAUAUUUUUUUUUACGAACAAACCACCGAGGCCCAGUUUGGUCACCAUGAUCGAGCUGCUGCGCUUCGCCUAGAUUUUUUAACUCAACUCAAUCACGGUGGUCGGCCUACUUCCUUCAUUUGUGUAAUCGCAAAAGUGUAGGCCUCUCAUCAUCAUUUUUAGGGAGCUAAGUCGGCACGCCAGAUGUUGAGAGCUGUUUUGCCAUGAGGUGGCGCAAAUUUGUAGAAUUGCUGGAAAGUUUGCCAAAAAGUCGCGGUUUUCCAAGUAUUCUGCUAUCUAGGUUUUUCUCUUCGACUGGCAUUUUUAAUAUAACGUACUAGUUAGUCUUCAUCAUUACAGCCGAUUCAAUACAUACAAAAAAAUCGAAAUAUUGUCGGGAAAUACCAUGUCGAGAUGCGUGAGAGGUUGUGUGGCUGAUGCGAUCAAGUCGCGUAAGAACAUCGUCCUCAAUCUAUCUACGGACUAUCCAACAUUGAAAAACACGUGGUUACUGAAAAUCUAAAAAAUCUAAAUCCUGCUGAAGCUUGUUGUUUUCAGCGACUGGUCGGCCACCACAGUGAAUCAAAUUGACUCGAUCACAGGCCUCGCCAGGCACAUCAAUCAAUCACAACAGGAUCGCAAUCGGCGCAUCGGGCAUAUCUGUGAAUGUUGUGUAAUGAAAGAAGGUUGAUCUUGGAGGUGGGCGCUCCGUCG